AUCGCGUCGUCGCGCGGCCGCGCAACAAGUCGCCGUCUGUCCGUCCAUCCAUCCAUCGGCAUCUCCCGGUCACCCUCCUCCGGCGGCGAUUCCCUCGAACGGCGACGAGCGACGACCAUACAACAUGUCCGCUGCGGCGCUGCCCGGCGUCGCUCGUGACGAUCCGCCGUUCACCGUGUGCGCCGCGAUCACACGAUGAUCGCACGCGCGCGAUCGCGACGGCCCUCCUAACCGAGCGCGAUGCGCCUUCCUCGCGCGGCGGCGUCGGCGGCGUACAGCAACAACAAUAACAAUAACAACGAGGACGACGACGGCGGCGGCAGCGACGGCGGCGAUCUCGCGCGUACGCAGCGACGACGAUGACGGGCCCGGAGCUCUGCCGGCUCUGCGCCGAGACCAAGGAGAGCCUCAUCGGGAUCUACGACGCCGAGGGACAGAAGCUCGCGAUCGAGGCGAAGAUCGCCAAGUGCCUGCAGAUACAGGUUUUAAUAACGGACGGCUUGCCGCUCGCAGUCUGCAUAGAGUGCUGUGAGCUGUUGAAUCAGUGCAGCGAGUUCUUCGAGAAGACCAAUCAGGCACAGCUGUCGCUGAGGCAGCUGCUGAUAAACCCCAAGUCCGAGCCGCAGCCGAUAGAAGCGAGCAUCGAGUACGAGGAGACGGUGGAGUUCCCGAAGGAUGAUGAGGCCAGUGGCAGGAAGGUGUCGAUGGUCGAGUGCCAGCUGCCCGGCAAUUACAUCAACGAUACGGUCAACAUCCUGAGCGGCUCCUACUUCAUGGAAGGAUGCGACAAGGGCGAGAACCCGGAGGCUCGGGAGACGCAGGACUCGCAGGACGGUUCGAAGCAGAAGAAGUGCAAGAUGGAACAGAGACAGGUGAAGAGGAGCUCGCCCAAGCAGGCUAAGAAGAAACUGAAGAGGAAGAACCAGAUGCAGAAGGUGGAGGAAGAGGCGGAGCAGCUUUGUGCAGCCUCCAAAAUCGACGAGGAGCAGAACGAUGCAGCUGUGAAAAAUAACGUGAAGAUUGUAGAUAAUUAUAUGCCUGAGACAGAAUCAAAUCUAGAAAUUAGGGAAGCGCGCACAGUGGAGGCGACGAAGCACGGGAGGAAAAAGGCGGAGGGCUUGGAGAGGUACCCUUGGCUGUGCACGGAUUGCAACGACAAGUUACCGAGUCUCGAAGCGCUGGAGGAGCACCAUGAGACGGUGCACAGCCAGCAAGCCAAGUACAUGUGCGUGCAGUGUUGCAAGGUCUACGACAAGUAUUACGGGUUCCUCACUCACGUCAAGAGGCACAAGAACAAGGCGAAGUUCAGCUGUGAAGACUGCGGGAAAUCAUUUGUACAUAAGAAGGUGUUGGACUCUCACAAGACGAUUCACAGCGAGGAGCGGCCAUACGUGUGCCAGACCUGCGGCAAAGCCUUCAGGCAGCAGAGCGCGUUAUACAUACACAACCGGUGCCAUUUGCCCGACACCGUGAAGAACAGAUACCCGUGCGAUCAGUGCGACAAGAGAUUCUCGACGAAGCCGAAUCUCGUGACGCACAAGCGCAUCCACUCCGGCGUGAGGAACUUCACGUGCGACCAGUGCGGCAAGAGUUUCAUACAGAAGGGCAACCUGGAGGCGCACUUUCUCACUCACUCCGUGGACAAGCCGUACAACUGCUCGCAGUGCCCGAAGGCAUUCAAGACGCCCUUGCAGCUGAAGAAGCACGAGACGGUGCACACCGGCGCCAAGCCGCAUCAGUGCGCCGUCUGCGGACGAACGUUCCGCGAGAAGGGGACCCUGCGGGAACACCACAGGAUCCAUACCGGCGCGAUGCCGUUCACCUGCGAGUUCUGCGGCAAGAGCUUCCGUUUCAAGGGGAUUUUAACCACGCACAGGCGGCAGCACACCGGCGAGCGUCCGUACAGUUGUCUGGAGUGCCAGCAUCACUUCACCAACUGGCCGAAUUACAACAAGCACAUGAAACGUCGGCAUGGGAUCAACACAUCGCACACCAAGCAUUUAACCAAUAAUCAGCAGCUGCAUCAGCAGCAGCAGCCGCAAACGGAGCAAACGCAGCAGGCCCAAUCACAGAUGCAGCAGCAAUCUCCGGCGGAGGAUUCGCUCUCUGUACCCCACACGGAAUCCACGACGGUGCAAGUGAUACAAGCAGUUCCUCACGCCUCGGCGUCGCAACCGAUCGUCAUCCAAGCUAUUCCGACGACCACCAUUCAGACCUUCCAGACGGACGUUACCAAUACCGUUCAAGAGACGGUGUUCAGGGAGCGAAACACGACGUAUUUCAACGCGGUGCCAGCGGCACUGCAGAACUUCCUGCCGACGAAUUUGCCGUACAAUUUUUAUAGCAUCUCAAACGUCACGGAAACCGAUUUGAUUCAGCACAGAUAAAAGUCUUUUCCCAUUAACGAUCUUAGAGAGAGAGCAAGGAAGUGAUCGACGGCGGCCAGAAUGAAUUUCCGGAACGUUACCCACUGCAUCUUCGACAUGGACGGUUUGCUGUUGGAUACAGAGUCGCUGUACACGAUGGCGUACAACUGCGUCACCCAGGAGUACGACAAGGUCUACACCUGGGAACACAAGGCAAAGAUCAUGGGCUUCCGCAGCACCGAUGCGCUGCAGACGAUAAUAGACCUGUUGCAGCUGCCCAUCAGCGUGCAGAUGUUUGAGGACAAGCUGGCCUCCAUCUACCAGGAGGUGUUUCCCAAAUGCAACAUGAUGCCGGGUGCGGAGAGGCUGCUGCGGCACCUCAAGGAUAACAACGUACCCAUCGCCCUGGCUACGAGCUCGAGUCAGGAGAGCAGCGACCUGAAGACGCAGAAGUGGAAGCACAUAUUCGAGCUGUUUGAUCACAAGGUCUACGGUGGCUCGGAUCUGGAAGUGCCUCGGGGAAAACCGGACCCGGAUAUAUUCCUAGUGGCCGCGCGACGCUUUCCCGACAACCCUGAUCCCUCAAAGUGCCUGAUUUUCGAAGACUCGCCGAACGGAGUGCAGGCUGCUCUCGCUGCUAAGAUGCAAGUGGUGAUGGUGCCGGAUCCCCAGCUUCCCAAACGUCUCACCACGGACGCGACGCUGCUCCUGGAAAGCCUGGCGGACUUCAAGCCCGAGAGCUUCGGGCUACCGGCGUUCGUAGCGUGAAAUUGCACGCGUUCUGCCGCUCGCGAGCGAGAGUACAUUAGACGAAUUUUAGAUUCAAUUCCACGUAAAAGCACGGAAGCCUGCAGGCAGGCUUCCUCUAGCACCGCUGAAAUCCGAUGACUGAUGUACAUAGAUUUUGUUUGAAGCGAGGGGAGGGAGAGGCGAAGAGAAAGAAAAUAAUGCAAACGAUGUAUCUUCUAGAGACGCGUAUUUUCGUAUUGAAUUUAGGGGGGGAAUCUAUCACUGCCUAACGACGAGGGUGACGAUUGAAUUUCAACUUUGGUUGCUAACUACGUUAUACAUAUCUCUAUAUAUAUCAAACUCCAGUCUAUCCGUUAUCUUUGUAGGUCCCUUAAUUUUUGAAUGAAAUUUAUAAUGCAUCGAGAGAAGGGGGGUAUCCGUCGAACGAUCAGUUGCCAAUCCUGAAAUCUUUUUUUUACACUUAUUGAGCCAGACUUGUACAGUAUUCAUAUACGAUCACGCCACGAAAGACCAACUGCUUCAUAUAUAUAAAUCAUGGAAGAAAAUAAAUAUUUUUCUGCGA